AUGUAUGCCACCAAGUCCUCCAACUACUUUGCCAAAAAAGAUGGAAAAGUAGCACCCGUUCUGACCAUCACGGGUAGAAAGUAUCACGUGGAAGAGUCCUUUCUUGGAGAAACCCAAAAUUAUCUUAGCACCACUGACGCAGACUCCGUAUCACUGACCGAUGCCCAGCUUACUGCUGGUGCAGAUCGCUUCUCCGCUCGUGUCGACUACUUUGACACAGCACUGAAAACUGUACUAUAUAUCCAUGAGAACAAGCCAGCAGGCGACAUAGUACUCUUCUUGAGUGGCGUAUUGAACAACCUUCUGUCACCAAUCUUUGGAAAACUCAACACCACCACCAUCACUAUCUUUAUCGUCAUUAUGGAUGUCAUCAAUUCCGCCGCGGACAUCACCGAGGACAUGCGCAAGGUUCUAAAACCCUUGAUCCUGAAGGCCAAGCAGCAGCUGGAACCGACUGCUACGACCGUCUCAGAUGAAGAGGCUGAUCGCAUCUUGGGGCUGGUCUUUGAUGGCGGCUGGAUCAGCUCGGCCGGCAUCGAUAUCCCCAAGAUGAGAGAGAUGCCUCUGACUACCGGCUUGAUCAGAAUCGGUAAGUUCAGUGAGCAGAAGGAUAAGGCCCGCCAGAAGGACGCGCCCGCUUUCUUCCGUGCCCGUCUCGACAAGCGAGUGCAUUGUGUAGUUCAUGACUACAUUGACGGAAAAGGCAAAUGGGUCCCUGCCGGAUUCGUCAAAUUCGAUAACGGCGGCGAGACCCUCACCAAUGAGGAGCUCACCAUGGCUUACCUCGCGGCGGAUGACGCCAGAGAAGAGAUCGUGGUCAUGUGGAACAGAGACUUGUAUGUCUAUUUGAUACGCAUGAGGAUCUACAACAUGUGCAACCUCAACCCGUACAAUCUGCAGGCCUUAGGUGUAGUCUAA